GGCAGUGGACGUUAAACCUUCAUAAACAAUACACCUUUCUGAUAAGCCUUUCUAUAAGUAGACAGUUCUCACUGCUACGAGUGACCAUGCCAAACAUUUCACCUAUUUCUGCUGUUUAAAAACAAGAAACAAAGACAGAAAGACAUGGGGCAGGUUGUCUCUGUACACUCCAAAAUUAAACAAGCCAGAAUACUCAUACUUGGCUUGGAUGCAGCUGGUAAAUCAACUGUGUUGUACAAAUUCAAAUUCAAAGAACCUUUUUCAACAAUUCCGACAGUUGGCUUCAACGUGGAGAUGAUUCAGACAGCGAAGCGCCUACAAUUAACCAUAUGGGAUGUUGGAGGACAAGAGAAAUUAAGAUCACUCUGGUGCCACUACUUUGAAAAUACAGAUGGACUGGUGUAUGUGGUGGACAGUACUAACAAAGAAACUUUAGAUGAGUCGAAAAAGGAAUUUCAGCGUAUACUGCAGAAUGAACUAAUAAAGAAUGUGCCUGUUGUUGUCCUGGCUAACAAACAAGAUCUUCCUGGGGCUCUUGAUGCAGAAGAGAUCACACGAAAAUUUAACAUGAAAAAGCAUUGCUCGGACCGGGACUGGUAUGUCCAGCCAUGCUGUGCCCUCUCAGGCCAAGGCCUGGCAGAAGGAUUUAGUAAAGUGUCUGAAUUUGUGAAGAAAUCAAAAGAUGAUGCCCUGAACAUUGCAAAGCAGAGCGUAAGACUUAAAACAUCGCGGAAAUUCUAGAACAUAUAGUGUGACCUAUAGCACUUAAAUGCACCUUGAGUCCAACAUAGUAUCGAUUUUUCAUAAUGACAGUAAGAAUAAUAACUCGUAUGUGUGUCUGUCUGUAUGUUAUUUAUUAAGAACUAUCCAAAGUUGCUAAUAGAAAAUUUAAAAAAAUGCCCUGUAGAUUUAUGCAAUCGAUUACAAAUGCUUGUUGGGCAACAGAACAAAAGGAGUUUGCAGCAAAGUAUGGUGAACUGCCUAUUAAGUAAAAGACUUCUAUUUUUCUAACAUUGAUGACUGCACUUUGUUCUAAGAAGAAUAUUCUGCACAAAAUGUGAAGUGUUAACCAUAUAUGUUGUUAUACCUGUUUAUUCAGUCAGUAUUUUCAAAUUAAAUUAGGGAUAAAGCAGAAAACUCAAUUUUUUUUCCUAAUAUUGGUAUAUUGUCUUUUUUUUUGUUUUUUCACUUGAAUGGUUUGCUCUGUGUGAUGCAAGAAAUGUAUAGAAUUGUAUAUUACAUAGAAUUAAUACAACAUUUUCACCUGAUGCUGCAAA